CCAUCAACAUCAUCAUCACCUUCUUCAUCAUCGCCAAUGAUCAGCAACCCGCCGAAGCGAAUUGUUAUCAGGCGCCCAUCACCGGGACUAGACUUGAUGUUCCACAAGUGCCUAUCAGGCCGGCCAGCGCCCCCGCGCAUGUUCGCCAAACCCGUCCCACUGAAGCCAUACGGCUUUGAAAAGGGCUUUGAGAUGGUGCGGCCUUCACCCGAGAUGAAGCCGUACAGAAUGAGAGAGAGACGCCUGGUAGGAGGAAGGGCGAAGGCCGCCAAGGUCCCAAAGUUCCUCGUCGCCCCGAUCCCGAAGCUGGAGUCAUCCAUCAAAAAGAUGGAAAUACUGGAAGAAUUGAUCAAGGACAGCGCGGAGAGGAAGAGGCUCGAAAAG